GGUUUCCCGUGGGCUGUAAUGUAGUCUUUAAAAUGGGAGGAAGAAAUAUGAGAUAUAGUUAAACAUGGCCUGGCCGGAGUGAAUUGUGAGAGUAUCUAUCAGAUUUAAAAUUCCUGUGUGUUCAAUGAUUGCAAAAGUAACUAUUGUUUCUUUUGGUGUGUAUUUCUCUUUGUGUGUGUUACUGUAGAACCUGAUGGAGCACUUCAAUCCUGGCCUCCAGAAGCUCGUUGCUUUAGGAAACAGCUACGUCAAUGCUUUCCAAGCCUUAGCUGUUUGCAGUGAGGCCUACUUCAGCGCUGUGGCUAAAAUGGGUGACCAGGCCCUUCACACACUUUCCUCUCGCUCUCUUGGCGAUGUCCUGAUCCAGUUAUCGGAAACACAGAGGAGACUGACCGCAGAGAUGGAGGGAGUGUUUCGAUGGUUCCAGGUAGAGGUGUUGCAAGCCAUGGAGAAGAAUGUCAAGUUGGAUGAGGAGUACAUUGAUGGUAGUCGCAGAGUCUAUGAGCUGGAGGUGAGGAACCAGGCAGAGGCUUUGGAGAAACAGCUCAGACGAGGAGCCUACAGAGACUCUCUGGAGAACAGUGAGUACAUGCUGUACCUGAGGCAGAGCCAGCAGGAGAUCCAGAAGGAGGAGGAGAGGAGGUAUCGCUUCUUAGCAGAGAAACACUGUGGCCUCACUCAGUCACUGCUCUUUCUUAUAAACAAGACAGGUGCGUCUCUCCAGCAGAAGGCAGAUGGAUGGAAGGAGAAAGUGAACGACACCAGAGGGUCCAGACCUCGAACUCCCUCUCAUUUGGAUCAAGACGCACAGCUGCGAGGUUCAGUGAGCUCUCUGCUGCAGACAGUAGCCAGAGAUGAAGAUAUGUCCUGGGCCAGGAGGGAGCAGCAGGCACUGGGCAGAGUGCCCUCUAGAGCGCCAUCUCCCCUCCCCAGCCGCUCUCGCUCCAGCUCAGUGGGGGAAUCUCUGGGUCUGGGUGGAGGGAGGUCCAUGAGAGCCCUGGUUUCUCACCCCUCCUCAUCCAACCCAAAGCUUCUACCAUUCAACAGGGGAGAGGCUGUCACCGUGCUGGUUCAGGAGCCACGCAACGGCUGGCUGUAUGGACGCACUGACAGCAGCCUGCGUCAGGGCUGGUUCCCUGCUGCUUAUGUGGCCCCUGUCGAGGAUUUCUCCAACACUUUAGCAACAAGUGGUGGUUCUCUAAGAAGCCACAGUAUGAACAAUCUGCUGGACCCCACUGACACCUACACUGACCAACCAGAGAGCAAGAGCUAUGGAGAUGUCCCACCACCAGCCACGCCCAACCGCAGAGCCUCUGUAGACGGCCGGCCAAUCUCUCCUCUCCCUGAGAAGAAACUGGAGUCAAGCCAGACAAGGAACUACAGCGAACAGCCACCUCCACCUCCUCCCCCACCGCCGCCACCUCCCCUGAGUCAGAAUCUUAGAAGGGGCUCUGCAGAUUUUCGACCAAUCUCUCCCCUCCCUGACAGGAAGUGUGAAUCAGCAUCUGAUGUCCAGACAUUAUCACCCCACAGGCAACCUGAAAACCCACUGUUUCCCAGAGGCACAAACCCAUUCGCCACUGUAAAGCUUCGCCCCACGAAGACCAAUGACAGAUCUUCUCCUCAGAUCCACUGAUCCGUCAUCGCUCAUGCAGGCAGGGUUUGUAACCGAGGCUGCCAGAUCAGGUUGUGGAGGCAGGGUAUAUAUUUUUGUUUCAGGACGAUGUAAUGACAUCUCUGAAAUGUGAAGGCUUUGAGCUACAGGAGCAGAGGAAGGUUUGGUACAGUGUUGAGGUUUUUCUUUUACCAAAAGAAAAGGUGAUACUGUAGUACAUCUAAGUAGUUUAAUAUCACAAACAUACACUUUUGAAGUAGUUGUUUUAGCAACUCCUUGUACAGUAUUUGGAUUUUUAUAUAGAUGGUCUGUUUGCCUGUUAUAGUAAAAAUAUAAGUAUAAGUAAUUAGACAUUUUUGGAAAUAUGCUGACUCGCUUUCUCCCUACCAUUACCUGUUUGCUAAAUAUGAAGCUACAGCCAGCAGCUGGUUAGCUUAACAUAAAGUCUGGAAACUGGGGCUUCCUGCCUUUUUUUUUUGCUCUGGAAAGAGCCAGGCUAGCUGUUUUUCCCUGUUUCCAGGCCUUUAUGCUAAGCUACGCCACCUGGCUGCUGGCUCCAGCAACAUAGUUAGCGUACAGACAUGCGUGGUGUUGAUCUUCUCAUCUGAAUCUAUCAAGCAAAGCGAAUAACGGUAUUUCCCAAAAUCUCAAAGUAUUUCUUUAAGGUGUUAACAACUAAAGGAUUUUUUAUGUUUUCGCUUAAGCUGUCUUGUGUCUUGCUCUUAUGCUAUGCUAUUUUUUUUUUUAAAGCUAUAGUGUGUAGUUUCUGUCUCCCCCAUGAGAAAUUCUAAGUAAUGACAACAACACUGUCGGCGCAUCCACAUGAUAUAAUUUUAAUUUUCUUCACUGUCCUGUGAUUGAUGUUUUGCAAUGUUCAGUACGUUAUGUUUUGAGUUUAAAUGUUUGUGUCCUCUGUGAGUAACAAUAAGUAAAGAG